CAUAGCACAGCACCGCAGCUCGCCCACGAUGCAGCAUUAAGUUAAGCAAGGUUCGGCGGGGGUAAGGUGCUUGCGAUGUGCCCAGAUAACUACAUUACUUUUCCUCACAGCCGUCACCGCCGUACUCAUACUCAUACUCCUUACGCGUCAGUCAGGCCAAUACCUGCUACCGGUAUUUGCUUUGCUUGGUUUCUUGGUUGCUUGCUGCCCACAAACCGCAUACGCCCGCAGUCCGGGUAUCUCUCUCACUUCUAACUGCCGUGGACGUUUGUUAUUUCGUUUUUUCUCCUCUUUUCUUUUCUUUUCCUCUUGAGAUUUGUAUCCUUUCGGUUUGUCUGUUGCACCCGCUUCAAACGCGUUUUGUUUUCCUCUAUCGACCUCCUCCUCCCCCCGGUCCUUUUUCUUGAUUUGCCCUCUUCCCUUCCCAGACCCUCUCACUUGUGAGGAAAAAAAGAGAGAAAAAAAGAAAAAACACCCCCCACCUAGCAGCCGAGUUACCGCUCGGAAUUCUUGCUGUGUCAUCCCGUCUAACUCCACCCUUACUCCACUCGCCUUUCCGUCCAUCUGUCGUUUCAAUAUAACUGCAAGGAAAGAAAGGGAGGGAAGGAAGUGGAGCCCGGUAGCCCGCGAGUUUCUGAUUACAGCUUCAUCCUGUCGCUGCCCUUAUAGUUCGGAAACCCAAAAGGAUCCAGUAUCGGUGGUGUGGUAGCGGCACGGCGGCUAACUGAGAUCAAGAGGCAGAAAGAAAGGAAGAAAGGAAUCAGGGAGAGCAGGAGAGCAAGAGAUCAAAGGAAAGGGAAAGAUAGGAAAAGAAAAAAAAAAGAAAAAAAAGAAAAAAAAAAGAGGAAAAGAAAGUGCAGGCAUACAGUACUGAAUUCAAAAGGGAGAAAAAACAAAAUAGGGAGGUCGAAAUCAAGGAGUCACGCUCAGGGCACGAUACCGUGAGUGCGUCCCGGAGAACACUAUCUUUUAGAAACACAAGACACGGGAUAUUGUUGCCAAACUGCGACGAUAUCGCAGAACCGGUUCGCGCGACUGAUCGAUAAUAAGGCUUCCGUGUUCCUAACAAGAAGAUUCGAGGCAGAUAUAUACAGUACGCGGAAGGGCAUUCACCACUAUCUCUAACCCAUUGGGUUUCUUGAGCCUGCAACUCCUGCCUGUCUCGACGGCUGCCCUUUCCCCUCAUCGCAGAGGCGGCUCGAAUAACGCAAAAUAUAUAACACAUCCCUCUGCUGUCUACGGUAAUCCUCCAAAACCCCGGUUAUCAUAACUUAUAGAUCCUCGACCUUGGGGAGAGCAAGCCGCCGACUACCUCCCCACCAUCCGCUGUCGCCGAGAUAAAAAUAAAAAAAGAUAGCAAGAGAAGGAAUAGACCGAAAAAGGGCACUCGAAUACGACGACUGCUCCGCAUUAUUAGGGUUCACCUUAAGGGGCGCAUACCCUGGCGAAAGGCGGAAUUGGGUUUUCUAAAGGGUACCAAGCAAGAGCUAAGUCAGUAUGACCACAGCCACGGGUACUGGUGCUUCAUUCUCCGCUCCUCCCAAGAGGCUAAAGCCAAAGUCACCAAAAUCACCCCGGAAUCCUCCAAAUUCCCGACUAAACCAACACCCUCGAAAUCCAUCACCUCCGUCGCCGCUACAAUCACGAAGUGUCCCCCCACACGGAUCUACACCGAGCUCUCAGUCAUUUCUGCUCUCGAGAACAAAUUCUUUGCCUUCGACCAUCAAGCCCGCAUCCGAUCGUCACAUUUCGCUCCUCGACUUGGAGGACUUUGAUCGAACUACCGGUCAACACUAUCUUGGAGAGGAAGACUCUUUUGGCCUCCAUCCAUUCUCCGCCGGUUCCUUGGAAAGCGGCUACGAGCCUCCUUCACCGAGAUCUUUUUAUAGUGCGGCGACGGCGAGCUCAGCCAGCACAACAAAAGCCGGCGGGGGGCGAUCAUCGGAAGAGGAAUCUCCGAUAACUCCCGUGCCUCCAACACACCUGCAGCAGCCAUCUUCACCAAGAUCAAAUCGUAGGCUGAGGCGGCCGACGAGGCCAAACAGUCCUCCUAGCUCGUCAGGUUCUUCAUUGGGCGAUCGGGUCGCUUCUGGGAGUUCUUCAAGAAGUCACGGAAUCGGCUCCUUUGCUGGCUAUUCGGGUAGCCAUCUAUCGGGUCAGUCGCCGACAUUAGGGCCUCAGCAUGGUGAGCAGACGAUUCUAAGGGAUUUUGAAAAUGUGCGUGUCUCGGCUUUGCUAUCACCGUCAGAGUAUCUACAUCUGUCCCCCCGAGGGGUAGGAUGAUGCGUGUAGUAAGGAAUUACUUGAGGUGCUAACCUUUGAUCCAUAAUUGUUUGCGUCCUAGAUGUCACCGAACAAUUCUAUUCGCGACCUCUGCAUUGCCGUGGUAGGGGCAAGGGGUGUGGGCAAGAGUACUUUUAUUCAGAGGGCGUAUGAUCUGAAAUCUCCGCCGAAUGAAGACACUGUUACCGCAAAGCUUAUGACUGUUGAACGGUCGCUAUGUACUGUCAAACUGGUGGAGAUAGAUCUGGCAAAACUUGAUCUCGACUCUCAACAGUUGAUAUGGCCACGGGUGGGUUUUCUCCAAUUCCCGUUCUCUGCCCUGCCCAGCCACACAUGUCUCGUAUUUCAUCUGCGCCUUUGGGGGUUUCGCUGAUCAGAAGUUAGACGGUGGACGGCCACAGGCUGCCGUUUGUCGACGGGGUACUUAUCCUAUACGACGUGACGAACCCGGCGAGCAUUGAAGAGUUGCCUGAAUACCUUGGUGAGUACUGGAUGUCUUCCACCUCUCGACGCUGAUCUCAUACGAUAUGUUCGCUCUCCCUUCUGUCCCUUUUGCUGAUCAUGGGCUGGAGUAAAUUAGAUGCCUUUGCACGGGCUGCGCUCCCGACACUGGUAGUGUCGUGCAAAUGCGACGCGCCACAGCGGCAGUUAAAUCCUAACAAUAUUGAGCAAGUGGGUAUGGUUGGCGGAUAUGAUGCUAUGCAGACUUCUGGUACCUCUCCAGACAGUCAGAGGAAAUGUCUCGCCGUGAUUUUGAGUAUGAUCGCGAGGAAAAGUGGUUAGUAUAGUUUUAUCCGUUUCUUCUUUCCCCUCUGGACACGCAGGCGCUUCGUGCACCCCCGAUCGCAGUUUACCCCUAUGCUUUCUUGUCCGACAACUGCUCUUUGCUUGUUUGCCUCGUGCAAAUAGAUUUUCGUGGCAAAAUGGGGGAUGUUCUUUAGGGCGCAAUAAUAAGGGGGUUGCUACGCUGCAAGAUGUCUAGUUUGUUUUGGCUGGCGUACCACUUUCCUUAUCAGAUACCCAAAUUUUGGCGUCAUUUGUUGGGAGAAAGCCGAUGCAGCUGCUUGCCGUUUCAAUCAUCCCUCAGUUAUUUAUCUUGGCCGGGGUGGUGCUUUUGCCAUUUACGCUCAGCGACCGCGUCGAUGCGUUACCGGUAUUUUCCGUUCAAUGCCAGCACACCCUCUCUCAUGUCCUAAGCGUCUAGGGAUCAAUGGGGCUUUUCGGCUUAAUAAUUUUGUCCCUUUAUUUUCUGCGCGCUUUUUGUUCUUAACGUGUUCUAUAUCAUAGUCUCAACUAGUGAUUGUCUUUGUCUACACUGAACAAAUGCUAACAAUCUGGCGCCCUCAUUCAGAGAAGAGCCCCCUAAAUCUGAAUGGUCGGCGGCGUGCAAAUUCAUCCGCGGCGAAUAACAGUCGGACGACUUCACCAAGGCCUUCAACGGCUCGAAGCGGCCACAGUCGAGCGAGCUCAGAGUUCUCAACUACCUAUAUGAAAGAGUAUCCGGAAGUUGCGACACAGAGUGCUCAUGCUGCGCAAGCUCGAAUACCAAGAUCACCCAUUAGUUCGGCGCUAGGGGCUCCAGGUAUAUACAACUCGUCUUCUUCAUUGCCGACGAGUGGCUUGUCUGCGGACACCCGGGGCCAACGAUUAUCUGGCGGAUCCGCUCCUCAAAUAACACUUUCGGCAUCUUCUGGUCCGCUUCUCGAGGUUGUGUCCACUAGUCCUUUUAGUAUGCAGCAACCACAAGGAGCCCGUCAGACGCAGAACGGGAGCCCACUCGCCUACACCUCAUCGAAUGAUACGGAUAGGGGCAGGAAUUCUUUCUUGGAUAUGGAUGAUGAGAAUGGCGGUCUGAGGGAUGUGGAUGAUAUACCGAUACUGGAACGUGAGGGCGGAAUGGACGAUUUUGAGGAGAAAGCGACGCUGAGUAAAGGGUUUACAUUUGACGAAUUAGUGGACAGGUUACUACGACAACACAUGUCCCGAGGAGAUCAAGACUUUACGACAAUCUUUUUAUGCUUCUACAGGAAAUUUGCGCCACCAAGGGAUCUACUGAAUGCCAUAUUGGAAAGGUUCGAACGGUCAAUCUGCGACCAGAUUGCCUUGCACCGUAUUUCGGCCCAGCUGCGGUACUGCAAUAUCCUUCACCAAUGGGUUUCAGCGCAUCCUGGAGAUUUUGCCCACCUGAAGACACGUCAGCGGUUAUUAAAUUUCCUUGAGGUGAUAUCUAGCAAUCGGAAUCUGGCGGUAUUGGCGAGUGAGAUGAGACAGGUGUUGGGACAGGGCAUCGAGGAUGAAGAUGGGGUAUGGGCAAGGUCGGAUUCAGAUACAGAGAGGAAGGAUAGUCUGAGGAGUUUCUUGACCACUCACUCGGCUGCGGACAGUUUGGUAGAAGGUGAAGGGGGAUACAUCAACAUUGGUACAGUAUCAGAAGGAAAUACCCAGAUUCCAUCGGAUAGAGAAUCUGGUCUACGAGCUUCGGAGGUGAUGAGUAGUGCAUCGGUUCGCACGUGCGAUCCUAUGUCUUCACCGCACCAACCCUUGCUCCAGAAAUCGGGAGAUUCAUUAUUGGAUGGUGCGUCGAUGUGGAAGGAACAAUACGAGCUCUUCAUGUCGAUACCGGACGAAGAAAUCGCCACUGAGUUAACAAGGAUCGACUGGUUGGAGUUCUCCAACAUCAAAUGCAGGGACUUGGUGCGGCAUGUUAGCAUUCCCGCGGAUCAGAAGGAAAAAUACCCAAGUCUGAGACACGUCAACCGAAUGAUCAGUCAUUUUAAUCAUGUGGCGUACUGGGUGGCGAGAGUGAUUUUGGAAAAGCCGAAGGCUAAGCACAGAGCUCGGGCUUUGGAGAAGUUUAUGAAUGUUGCUUGGGUGAGCAUCCUUCAGAUCGGUGCCGGAUCAUAAUCGUGUUCAUGCUAAGAAUAACAAUUCACAGACGCUGCGACACAUGAACAAUUACAAUGCACUCGGGGCCGUCAUCGCUGGUAUCAACGGCACAGCAGUUCACCGACUUAGCCUUACGAGAGAGCUCGUGAGCGCGAACACGCAUAGGCAGUUUAUGAGACUGGAGCUGCUGAUGGGCACACACAUGAGCCACAGCAAGUAUCGCCUCGCGUGGGAGAACACUUCCACCGAGCGAAUACCCUUUAUUCCGCUGCACCGGCGAGACCUAGUAUCCGCGGACGAGGGUAACAGGACGUUCCUCGCGGACGGUGACAAGAUCAACUGGAAUAAAUUUCAGGUUAUGGGUGACGUACUAAUGGUGCUGGUGAGAUCUCAAGCAACGCCUUACCGAGACUUGGCCCGCAAUCAUAUUGUGGAGAAAUUGAUCACGGACGCGGUGGUGAGCAUGGAUGAUGAUGUGAGUUUUUUGUCUAAAUUUCCCCUUCCCCAUUGUGCAGGUGCUUUGUUUUGCGUUUUUUUUCCAUCGCACGAUGCGAGGGACAGAGAUCUUAUACGGUGUUCGACGUCAUCAGAUGUUGAUUGGUUUCCAGGAAUUGUAUGAACGUAGCGUUCAGUUGGAGAAUGUUGGCGGUGCGGAGAAGUCGAGGAGGAGGAUAUGGUUUCAGCGGUGACGGUUGGGUAAAUUAAAGGUCUUUUUUCCCCCUUCUAUCAUUUAUAUUGCGCUGGCUAAAUAUCUGCCACAGUUUAUUUCUCCGGCGUUGUAUUCAGGAUACAUAUUGCUUUCUUCCACUGCUGCCACUUUGUCUUCGUCUGGCGACCUUCCUCCCUUGGUGCAACUAAGAGCAACGGAUAUUUAGCUUACCUCUUGUACUUGUAUCCAUCCACUUCACUGGCGAAACUGGUCUUUUGAAUCCUUUUCAUCCAUUCUUUCCGUCUGUCUGCUAUUUAUUGGGAUACGAUCUUCAACUUUUUUCCUGUGUGUGGUACCGCUUUUUUUUCUCUUCCCCUCCCCCACCUCUCUGGCCAGCGCCAUCAGACAAACGAGUGGGCAAUUUUGGUCAUGUUCUUUCAGUUAUGUAUGUAACUUUUUUUCUUCCUUCUGCACGCGUUUUUGUGUAUAUCUCAAGGUUAUGCUGCAUGCCUUUUUAUUUGUACUUGUCUUUUCGGCAUCGGGAUUGGGCCUUUUUCCUUUCAUUUUAUACUAUUCGGGAAACAUGUGUUUUUAGCUGUUAUGUUUCUUCUUGCCUUGGCUAGUUGGCUAGUUAUUUUUUUAAAUUCUUUGACGCCUUGUUUAUUCCUUUUUAUUGGCUGGCUGGCUGGCUGGCUGGGUGUUUUGGUGGGCGGUACCUGAUGGGAGUUCAUUUUUUAUUUAUUUUUGUUUUUAUAUAUUUAGUGAGAACUACUGUACAAGGGGGAGGAUAAGAAAGUAAGAAGGAGGUGAAGAAAGAGGGUUAUGUGCAGGAUUUUUUAUUUAGUUUCUUGGUAAUUACGGAGUAAGUGUGCAUGGAUGGACUGGCGGAAGUGGUGGUGGCGAUGGUAGUGGGUGGUAGUGGUAGUGGUGAUAGUGGAGGUGGUAGUGGCGAUAGCGGUGGUGUGGGAUUAGUCUGCUUUUUAUUUUUAUAUUUUCCUAUGGGAAAUUUUGUGGUGAUUCUUUGGCUUGUUCUUGUCGUUUUGUUUCUGCUCGGCGUGAGAUAUCGCAUUAUGAGUGUUUAUCCAUGUGGGAACCAUAUGGAGUUAGAAACAUGUGGCGCUGAAAAACACAUUGCACUAGAAACAGAGAGGGCUGGAACCACAUAUACAUUGUGAGGGGACUUUAUUCAAUGCCAACCCGCAUUUAAAGGUUCCUAAAGAAGUUUAAAGAAGUUGGGGUGUUUAUGGAUUUACAUCAAUCAACGGGGAGAAAUAGGAAGAAGCAAAAACCAUAAAGUUGUAGAGAGGGGUGGCGAAGGUGCAAGUAAUCGAGAUUCAUCCAGUAUUGUACUAUACAACACGUUAGCCAUCAAGUACUCGAGUAGUCCAUCCGUCUAGUCCCAUCCACUCCUUCCUCCCAAGCAUAGUCUAAAGGACAAGGGUCCAGCUUUCGAUACCAUGCCCUUGCACAAAUUUCCAUCUCAUUUGCUACCAAUGCCGGGGAAUCAUCAUUUGUGCGUCGGCUAGCAAAUAUUGUUAAUCGACAGUGGAAACGGAGCACUGUCCUGUACAGUACUGCACGCUUCUACAACCUCCAUUGUUUACACCAUU